AGUAACCAAAAUCCAAGUUUGACACUGGCAUAAAACCAGUCUAUAACCAUCCCAAAACCAACUUUAAAACCAAGUCCAAAUCCAAUUCAGAAUCAGUCCAAAGUCAAGUUUAAAAUCUGGCCAAGGCCAAAAUUAGUCCAAAACCAGUCUAUAGUCAAUUUUGAAACCAGUUCAAACCAGUAUCAACACAAACUAAAAUCAAGUUAAAAACCAAAGAACAGAAUCAGUCAAAACCAGUCUAAAACCAGCUUAAAACCAGUCUAAAGCAGUCUAAAGCCAGUCUAAAACCAGUCCAAAUGUCCAUCCUGAGCAGGAGGACCAGUUCCAGCCAAUAGAACCAGUUCCAGACAGUAACAUCCAUUUCCACGGACACUGUGGGGGGUUUGAAGCAGUGAAUGUAUGUGAGUGAAACAGUGAAGAAGGUUUCUGUCUGGAUCACGUUUGGUUCUGUGUUUUCUUCUGUCUGGCCGGAUGAACUGUGACAAAAAAAAAAAGCUGCUAAUGAGGCCGAUUACAGGAAAGAAAACAGAGAAAUGCUGCAGAGUCACUGUUGACCUUUAAAGGUUUAACUGGCUUUUGUUUCCCAGCUUCUUGCUGAGCAUUUUGGCCUCCAGCUACAGGACUCAGUGAUCCAAAACACCUGAAGAACAAGUGACAACCUGACGGGCUGUAUUGUGCUGAGAGCGUCAUAUUCACAGUCUGCAGGGCAGGGCUGCUGUCCUGCUCAAACCUGUUCUAAAUAACGCGAUUUAAAGGUUAAAAUAAAUUAAAGCUCAGCAGCAUCAAGCCCAGACACACCUGAGACAGAAAACACCUGCAGGGCUGCGAGUCUCAGCUACUGGAGGAUGAAGCAGGACGGUGGAGCAGCGAUGAAAAGUCAACCAUAGGGCAGCAGAGAUGUCCCCGUGGCAGCUUCUUCGAGGGAGCAGAGCGAGCCAGGCGGCUCUGGGUUACCGAGUCCAGCAUGGAGCUGCAGCCUCGGUGCAUUACAGCAUCGCUGCUGCUGCUGCUGCAGCUCCGGACCGCAGCCGCAGCUUCUGUUUGUCCAGUGAGAAACAAACGAUGCAGCAGCUGAACGGGAGGCUGGCGUCAUACCUGCAGCAGGUGCAGCGUCUGGAAGCAGCCAAUCAGAGGCUGGAGCUUCAGAUCCAGGAAGAGCUGAACAGGAAGUGUCCUGGAGAGCUGAGGCAGCUGGACAGACACCUGAGGAGGGCGUCUCAGCUGCAGAACCAGAUCGGUGAUUGUCUCUCAGCCCAGGCUCAGGUGAAGCUUCAGCUGCUCGGAGCUCAGCUCGACGCCUUCAACCUCAAUGUCAGGUGUGAGAAUGAGCGUGAGCGGCGUGACAAGGUGGAGGCGGAGCUUAACGACCUGAAGGAACUGGAGGCAGAGCUAAAAGUUCACAAGCUGCCGGAGUUGCAGAGUUUGCUGGACAACCAAAUGCAGAAUCUGGUACAGCUGCAGACACAACACCAGCAGAAUGUGCAAGUGCUUGUAGCUCAGGGUCUGGGGGUGUUAGCUGUGGAGAUGCAGACUGCUGAGUCAUCAGAUCUGCUCCAACAGCUGGAACACCUGAGAACAAGGAGUGUGAUGGCUGCUCGACAGAAACCCCAAUGA